GUCACCCCGGAUACUGUCAGAAUGGAGGGAACUGUACGUCCAAUAUGUCAGGUGCCUCCAGCUGCAUCUGCCCUCUGGGCUUCACCGGCGAGCGCUGCGAGACACCUCAAAACUCCACCUGUUACCCUAACAACCCAUGUGCUAACAAUGGAGUGUGUUCCCUGAUCUCCCUGGACAAGUACAAAUGCCAGUGUGCUCGUGGUUGGACAGGUCGACAUUGUGAGCGUGAGGACAGCUGUCUGUCUGGACCCUGCGCUAACGGAGGCACCUGCACCGCCCUGGCCGGCGGGAAGUUCCGCUGCACCUGUCCGCCCGGUUACCACGGUCACAGCUGCCUCAACGACACGGACGAGUGCGCUGUAUUCGCCGGCCUUUGCCACAACGGCGGAGUGUGCGAGAACAUGCCGGGCUCGUACCGCUGCAACUGCCCCGCCGGGUUCACGGGCCGUCACUGCGACACCCCUUACAUCCCCUGCUCGCCCUCCCCGUGCCUCAACGGCGGAACGUGCCGUCCCAUCUCCGAGACAGGCUACCUGUGCCACUGUCUGCCCGGCUUUAAUGGCACUAACUGCGAGGUGAACAUCGAUGACUGCCCUUCUCACCGCUGUCAGAACGGAGGCACCUGUAUGGACGGAGUUAAUACGUACAACUGUCAAUGCCCACCAGAGUGGACUGGUCAGUUUUGCACUGAUGACGUGGACGAGUGUCGCCUGCAGCCCAACACGUGUCAGAACGGAGGAACGUGCAGUAACACACAGGGCAGCUACAGCUGCGUGUGCGUGAACGGCUGGAGCGGUCCGGACUGCACCGUGAACAUCGACGACUGCGCCACUGCCUCGUGCAUGAACGGAUCCACCUGCCUCGACCGCGUGGCUUCUUUUAUCUGCAAAUGUCCCUUUGGAAAGACUGGUUUGUUGUGUCACGUGGACGAUGCUUGCAUUAGUAGCCCUUGCCGAGAGGGUUCUCAGUGCGACACCAACCCCGUGAGCGGCAAAUUCAACUGUAACUGCCUCCCGGGAUACAAAGGCAGCACCUGCAACGAUGAUGUGGACGAAUGCACCAUCGGGAUUAACCCAUGUGAGCACGGUGGGCAGUGUGUGAACACAGAGGGCUCGUUUAAGUGUAACUGCGCCCGCGGCUACACGGGUCCACGGUGCGAACAGGACGUUAACGAGUGUGGCUCCAAUCCCUGCCUCAAUGAUGCCACCUGCCUGGACCAGAUAGGAGACUACACCUGCAUCUGCAUGCCAGGGUUUGAGGGUGUUCACUGUGAGAUUGAUAUAAACGAGUGCUCCAGUUCACCUUGUCUGAACAACGGCAAAUGUAUAGACCAAGUUAGCCGCUACGUCUGCCAGUGCCCUCAAGGUUUCAGUGGGGAAAUGUGUCAGGUGGACAUUGAUGAGUGUGCCAGUACACCGUGCCACAAUGGUGCCAAGUGUGUCGACCGACCCAAUGGCUAUGAAUGCGAAUGCGCUGAAGGUUUCGCAGGGCCUUUGUGCGAGGAGAACAUAGACGACUGUAAUCCCAAACGCUGCCACCACGGAGAGUGUAAGGAUGGCAUUGCCACCUUUCACUGCGAGUGUUUCCCAGGCUAUAUGGGACCGAUCUGCAGUGAGCAGGUCAAAGAGUGCAACAGUAACCCAUGUCAGAACGGAGGACGCUGCGUGGACCUGGUCAACAAGUACCAGUGUAACUGCCUCCCUGGCACCUCGGGUGAAAAUUGUGAGAAUAAUUUUGAUGACUGCGCCAGUAAUCCAUGCCAACACGGGACAUGUUUGGAUGGAAUCAAUGAGUAUACAUGCAUCUGUGAGGGUGGAUACACAGGGAAAAGAUGUGAGGUGAACAUUGACGAGUGUAACUCGGACCCGUGCCUGAACGGAGGCACGUGUGUGGACAGAGUGAAUGGUUUCCAGUGUCUGUGCCCGACCGGCACCCACGGCCUGCUGUGCCACUCUGGAGCGGACCACUGUGCCCCCCAGCCCUGUGUUCACGGCCAGUGUGUCGAGCAGCAGGACGGGUACCGAUGUGACUGUGAGUCAGGCUGGGUGGGUUCACACUGUGAACAGGAGAUGGACGAGUGUCAGUCAAACCCCUGUCAGCAUGGCGGAGUCUGCACCGACCGCUCCAACGGCUACACCUGCAAGUGCGCCAGUGGCUUUUCAGGUGAUAACUGUGAGGUGAACAUUAAUGAGUGUGAAUCAGAACCCUGUAUGAACCAGGGCACCUGUGAGGACGGCAUCAACAGCUACACCUGCCACUGCUCAUUACCAUACACAGGAAAGCGCUGUGAACGAGAGCUGGCGCCCUGUGCCUCACAGCCCUGUCAGAGGGGAGGGGUUUGUCAGCCAUCCUUAGACUACACCUCCUAUACCUGCAAAUGUCCCAGUGGCUGGAAAGGUGUGCAGUGCACAGAGGAUGUGGACGAGUGCAAGAAGAGUCCGUGCCUGAACGGAGCUCGCUGUAUGAACAUCCAGGGCAGCUACAUGUGCGAGUGUCAGCCAGGAUACAGCGGCAAAAACUGCCAGACAAACAUAGAUGACUGCAGCUCCAAUCCCUGUCGGAAUGGAGGGUCUUGUGUGGACAAAGUGGGCCGUUUCUCGUGCGAAUGCAGACCUGGUUUCUAUGGCGAGCGUUGCGAAGAGGAGGUGAACGAGUGCGCCAGCUCGCCCUGCAGAAACGGUGCGACCUGCACCGACUACAUCAACAGCUACGUGUGCCAGUGCCAGCCCGGCUUUAACGGCAUACACUGCGAACGCAACAUCCUGGAGUGCACGGAAAGCUCUUGCCUUAACAACGGGACGUGCGUGGACGGCAUUAACAGUUUCUCCUGCCGCUGUCGGCCGGGCUUCACCGGCUUCUUCUGCGAGCACGAGACGAACGAGUGUGACUCCCAACCCUGCAAAAAUGGGGGCACCUGCGUCGACGACAUCGGCACCUACCGCUGCACCUGUCCACCAGAGUACACUGGGCAGAACUGCCAGUCUUUGGUCAACCUGUGUAGUCAAUCCCUCUGUCGCAAUGGAGGCACGUGCGUCCAGCAAGAGACCACACGCCGCUGCAACUGCCCAAAUGGCUGGACUGGACUCUACUGCGACAUACCCAACCUGUCCUGCCAGGCCAUCGCCGCCCGCAAAGGUGUCUCUGUGGAGAACGUUUGUCAGCAUGCCGGUCGUUGUCUGGACAAAGGAAACUCUCACCAGUGUAUCUGCCAGGUCGGUUACGAGGGCAGUUAUUGUGAGUCAGAGGUGGACGAGUGCUUGUCGAACCCCUGUCGAAACGGAGGCACGUGUGUGGACUACAGGGGAGGAUAUGACUGUCAGUGCAAGCCGGGCUUUCAGGGGGUGAACUGCGAGUACGAUAUCGAUGAGUGUAUGUCCAAUCCCUGUCGCCACGGCGGCACCUGCAUUGACCUCAUCAACCGAUUCACCUGCUCCUGCCCACCGGGCACGCGAGGCUUGCACUGUGAGGUUGACGUGGACGAGUGCGCCCCUGAAUUCGGCGCUCGCUGUCGGAAUGGGGGCCAGUGCGUGGACGGUUUGGGCCGCUACACCUGCUCCUGUCCUCCGGGCUUCACGGGAGACCACUGCGAGGGUGAAAUCAAUAAAUGCCAGUCCAGUCCCUGCAACACACAGGGCACUGUCGACUGCGUUCCCCUGCCCAACGACUACCAGUGCCGCUGUCGCCUGGGUUACACAGGUCGUCACUGUGAGUCGAUGGUGGACCUGUGCCUGUCCAAACCCUGUCAUAACAGUGGCACCUGCUCCAUGAACAUGAGCUCAGUACACGGAUAUUCCUGUUCCUGCCAGCCGGGCUACACUGGCUUUAACUGCGGGGAAAUAGAAGGUUACAACUGUGCCAACCUGCGGUGUCAAAAUGGUGGAAACUGCCAGGCCACUGCGUCGGGUCAUCUCCAGUGCCAGUGUCCUCCUGGUUUUAGUGGCCCACGCUGCGAGACGGGCCAGGUUCUCCCUUGCACUUGCCAAAAUGGGGGCACUUGUAUCAAAGACCCCGAGAAGCCGUACCAGACCGCCUGCCUCUGCCCACCCAAAUUUACCGGCCCGCGCUGCGAGCACCUGAGCCCAGGCCCGCGGUCCGCCUGCCACUACGUGGAGUGCGAGAGGCGCAAGGGCGACGGCGUGUGUGACCCCCAGUGUAAGAACCAGGAGUGCGACUGGGACGGUGGGGACUGCACCCUGCACUGGCCCAAGCCGUGGGAGAACUGCACCACCAGCGCACGCUGCUGGGAGCUCUUCAACAACAAACGCUGCGACCCAGAAUGCGCCACCCCGGGGUGUCUCUUCGACAGCUUCGAAUGCAAGAAAGGCUCGUCCGCUCCAACCACCUGCAAGUAUGAUAAGUACUGUACUGACCAUUAUGGCAACGGCCACUGUAAUCAGGGCUGUAACACAGAGGCCUGCGGCUGGGACGGCCUGGACUGCGCCACGGACAUCCCCCCCAAGCUGGCGGACGGCACGCUCGUGAUCGUGGUCCUGCUGCAGCCGGAGGAGCUCCUGGGAGACCUGAAAGGAUUCCUGCGUUCACUGGGCACCCUCCUGCACACCAACCUCCGGGUCAAACUGGACGAGCAGAGCAACUACAUGCUGUACCCGUACUACCGCAACGAGCACGACGAGAGCCAGGAGGGGGCGGCCAGCAUGAAGCAGCGCGGCAAAAGGGAACUGGAGAAGGAGAUUAUUGGGUCCAAGGUGUACCUGGAAAUCGAUAACCGCCAGUGCGUCCAGACCUCCAGCGAAUGUUUUUUGAGCACGGACCUGGCGGCGUCUUACAUUGCCGCCGAGUACCUCAAAUCGGAGCUGCCUUACCCUGUCUACUCUGUCAGAAGUAAGUCGCUCGAAAUCGAGCCUACGACCCCUCUGCUUUACCUGGUUGCCGUGGCAGCGGGCAUCAUCCUGCUCAUCGUGGUGUUGGGUGUGUUGGCGACCAAGCGCAAGAGAAAGCAUGGAAUCCUCUGGCUUCCUGACGGGUUCCUCACCAAAAAAGACAGCAAGAGGCGGGAGCCCGUGGGCCAGGAUGACUUUGGCAUGAAGAACAUGCAGAAACCUCAGGAUGGAGGAAUAAUGGAUGGCAGCUCUGGCCAUCAUUGGUCAGAAGAAGAUCACAUGGCCAAAAAGCCCAGGAUGGAGGAUAAACCACUUUUGCCUAUGGGGGUGGAUGGAGGUGUGGAUCGUCGGGAGUGGACGCUGCAGCAUCACAAGGCUGCGGACAUAACCUUGACUCCCCCUCAGGCCGACGUUGACAUGGACUGCCUUGACGUGAAUGCAGCAGGCCCAGAUGGCUUCACUCCGCUCAUGCUUGCGUCUUUGCGGAGCGGCGGGAGUCCUGAAUGUGGCAGCAUGCUCGGAGAGGAAGAAGAGGAAAGUGGCGCCGACGAACCCGGUUCCAACAUCAUCACCGACCUCAUCGCCCAGGGAGCCACGCUCAUGGCCCAGACGGACCGCACCGGGGAGACGGCUCUGCACCUGGCCGCUCGUUACGCCCGCGCCGACGCUGCCAAGAGGCUGUUGGACGCCGGCGCUGAUGCCAACGCUCGUGAUAACAUGGGACGUACCCCUCUCCAUGCUGCCGUCGCCGCUGACGCCCAGGGAGUUUUCCAGAUCCUGAUCCGCAAUCGUGCCACAGAGCUAGAUGCCCGCAUGAAUGACGGCACAACGCCACUAAUCCUGGCCGCCAGGCUGGCUGUGGAAGGCAUGGUGGAGGAACUAGUACACUGUCACGCUGACGUCAAUGCAGUGGAUGAUCAUGGCAAGUCUGCUCUGCACUGGGCAGCCGCUGUGAACAACGUUGAAGCCACCCUAGUAUUACUGAAGAAUGGAGCCAAUCGUGACAUGCAGGACAAUAAGGAGGAGACUCCGUUGUUUCUGGCGGCCAGAGAGGGCAGUUUUGAGGCUGCUCAGGUUCUUCUGGACCACUACUCUAACAGAGACAUCACUGACCACCUAGACCGGCUGCCUCGCGACACGGCCCAGGAACGCAUGCAUCACGACAUCGUGCGUCUGCUGGACCAGUACAACCUGGUGCAGAGUCCCCACGCGGGUCCCAAUCACCUGGGUGGAGGGGCUGGGCACUCCUCCUUGGUCUGUGGGGCGAACGGUGGCGGGUUCAUGGGAAUGAGGCCAGGAGCCCAGGGCAAAAAGAACCGGCGCAACGGAGCUAAAGUGGGAGGCGUGGGUGGAGGAACUGCCAAAGAGCUGAAGGACAUGAAGGCCAAACGCAGGAAGAAACCAGCCGGAGGAGAGGGGCCAGCCACGGCGGCGGUGGUGGGAGGACCCAACGGCAACGCCGCCAAAGCGGCCGGCGGCCUCUCAGAGAGCUCGGUCACCAUGUCGCCGGUCGACUCCUUAGAGUCCCCGCACUCGUACGCGGGUGAAGCCGCCAGCGCCACCAACGCGGCCAAUUCGCCCCCUCUGCUGAGCAGCCCGUCGUCCAGGCACAUGCUGCCCCCUGUCAGUCACAUGUUAGGCCAGCAGCAGAGCUGGGUGGGCCUCGCUAAGCACGGCUACGGAGGCAACAUGUUCAGUCUCAUGCCUCAUCAGAUGAACGCCACGCCGCACUCGGCGAUGUCCCAGCACCACAGUCCCGGCAUGCUCACCCCCAUGAACGUCACCAUGAGCCGGGAGCAGCUGCCCCCCAUCGUCACCUUCCAGAUGAUGACGGCAGGGGGCGGCCAGACCAUGCUGAAGCAGUCCCAGCCCGGGCAGAUGCAGCCGCAGGGUCAGAGUCAAGGUCAGCCCCACCCGCAGCAAGGAGCCGCUCACAUGCACUGCAACCAGGGCAUGAUGUACCCGAUGCCCGAGGUGGGAAUGCAGCACACCUUGUCGCACCCUCUGCCGCAUGGUCACGGCCACGCUCUGUCCCACCCCCACGGCAUGGCGGAGGGCUCCGCCCGCCAGGUGGGUCCAUACCAGUCUCUCCAAAGCCCCGUGGAUAAGUACCCCACGCCGCCGUCUCAGCAUAGCCAGCAUGGUACCGCUGGCUCGGAGGGUACCACCCCGGGCCACCCUGCACACCCCCUUAGCGAGCACCCCUACCUCACCCCUUCCCCGGAGUCUCCGGACCCCUGGUCCUCCUCGUCGCCCCACUCCAACUCGGACUGGUCUGACGUCACCACCAGCCCCACCCCUCUCGGGAACCCCCACGCACUGGCUCCCUCCCGUCACACCCACAUUCCGGAGCAGGCACAGCUGCAGCCGCAGUCGCAGUCAGCGCAGCCUGCGCAGCAGCAGCAGCCCCAGCGCAGCAGCGUGUAUGCAUAGAUGCGGAGGCUCAAAUUCUGACCUCGUCACCUGCUAUCAUAACUACAUAAAAACUUAAUCCGCCAUAAGUUGCCAUAAUCAC